GUGAGUGUAGAUAGACUGUUAACAAAGUAAUUAUUAAACGACAGAAAAUCAAUUUUGGCCUAUUAUUUGCAUGGCAUUAUAGCGCAUUUUCAGAGCUGACUUUGAACUGAUUUCAAACACUGGCUAUCUCAAAACUUAGUGAGUUUAAAAUGCUGUGUCAAUUAUUGGCAUCCAUCUAAAUGAUGUCUAGAUGGGCAGCUCACUAGCUUUUGAGACACACAAAGCCAGUGUUUGUUUAUACUUCAUCCAAUAUGAACAGAUAUAUACUUUCUAAUGUUAAGGUCUAAGAAGAAGCUGAGAGUCCCUUUAGAGACUGUUUGAAAGGGGUUUAUCAUGGAUUCAGAGGUGUCCCUGAUGCUGCACUGUGCUCCUUUACAGGCUUUUGGAGAACAUCAAUUACAUGUUGAACUUUCAGACAGAUUCAAUCGGCAAAGUUUUCCAGAGAUUGAGAAGCACAUUGAAGCCGUGUGGAGUGACAGAGUAUCCAAAGAACCAUGGCUCUUCAAUGGUGCUAAAUUCAGAUUACAUUCAGCCAUGCUCUCUGUCAACAGCCCUGAAUGGUCAACAGAUUCUCACAAACAUCAGUGUGUCAGUUUGGAUAAAGGACACCUGCGAGUGCAAGCCCCCCAAAACCUAAUGCCCUUACAUUGCGGUGAAGGAGAUCAGUUUGAAAAGUGCAGGUGUGGAGAGGUCCCAGAUAAAUCCAGACCCUCAGACAAAGUAACAAAAGAUGAGCAAUCGUGUGUUCUGAAAUUACAGUUAGGCCUGACCUGUUAUAAAGACUACCUCGGGACUAACUGGUCAGGAGAGGCGGGGAAGCUGCAGAGUCGUGGGCAGGCUGAAUCAGAGGAUCCCCAGGCCUUCCUCGCACAGCCACUGGGGGUGGGCGCUGUCAUGGCAACCUCUGAUGGAGAGGUUGUCCUGCUGAGGAGAAGUCAGAAGGUGGCAGAGGCAGCAGGGUUGUUAGACAUACCUGGUGGGCACCCCGAGCCAAAGAUGGUGUGUCAGGGGGUCAAUGAGGACAGCAUAUGUGUUGACCUUCUGCUGGGUAAAGAGAGAGUCAUUGUUUCAGAGAUCUUCUCCUCGGUGUGCGCAGAGAUCAGUGAUGAGGUGAACGUUCCUCUGAGUUCCCUAAGUAAACCCUUGUUCAUGGGAAUAGCGCUGAACCACACCAGUGCAGGCCGACCCAGUGCUGAAUUUUAUGUUCGGUGCUCUUUGACAACAGAGGAAGUGAGAGAUCUCUACAGACGUGGAGGUCCUGAAGCCCAUGAAUCCACAGAUAUAUUGUUUCUUAGCCGAGCGGAAAUGCAACGAUUAGAUGAGCGUGCCCCCCUGUGGUCAGAGAUGUGUCCUUCUGCAAAGGGUGCAGUGCUACUGUAUCAAAGAGUGAUGCCUGAUCGCUAAAUUUACUACAGAAACAACCUCUACUCAAUGCAAUAGUAACAUAGAGUACAAAGAUAAGUGAUCACAUCACUGGCUAUUUGUAAAAUUAUUCUUGCAUAAAAUUGUUUUCUACAGAAUUAUAGAAGAAUUUGCAUUAUUCUGUCUUCUAUUUUGUAUUCUUGUGGGUGGUAAAAGGUUUGGCUAUUUUCAUUAUAAGUGAAAAAUACUGUUAGUUGCAUAUAAAAUAAUAAUUUGCAGAGACUUCUAUGAAAUGUAUUUUGUAAACAGAACACUUUGUGAAUUUGAAUACAACUUAUUUUCAUAUUAA